CGAGCGUUCUGAUUGGAGGAGAAGGAGGAAGAGAAGACUUUGCUUGGGCUUUGGAACCUGAGCUUCAGCCGCCACUCCCUGCCCAGAGGUGGGCCGGUUCCGCCAGUGGUUGACCAGCAGCGGCGGCAGCACCUGUUGGGUGGCUUCCUUUGAGUGGCAGGAGCAAGCGGGCCUCUCCGGCUUACACGGACUUCCAGAAUGGACGGUGGAGGAGGCGGCCGUCUUGCAUAUGAUGAUUACCCGGUGGUAUUCCUCCCUCCCUACGAGAGCCCCCCGGUGUGGAUCCCUCCUCAUGAGGUGCGUAGCUGCAGGCACUGCUUUGCUUACGAUGACUCUCUGAUAGCAGCAGAAGAUCAGAGAAUCUACCAUUCGGAUUAUAACAACGAGCUGACCCAAUUCCUGCCCCGCACAAUUGUGCUGAAGAAGCCACCUGGGGCUCAGCUGGGCUUUAAUAUCCGCGGAGGAAAAGCUUCUCAGCUUGGCAUCUUCAUCUCAAAGGUGAUCCCAGAUUCAGACGCCCAUCGAGCUGGCCUGCAGGAAGGAGACCAAGUCCUGGCUGUGAAUGAUGUGGACUUCCAGGAUAUUGAGCAUAGCAAGGCCGUGGAAAUCUUGAAAACUGCCCGGGAGAUUGUCAUGAGAGUCCGUUUCUUCCCUUACAAUUACCAGAGGCAGAAGGAAAGGACAGUUCACUAGAAAACACUUCUCCACACAUAAAGUUCUCCGGCCUCCAACCAGAUCUCUCUUUCUGUGACUCUCUUGUGUUAAUUCUGUGCAGGGCUCCUAUUUGGAGUGCGUGACGAACUUAUUGGGAGGUGGGGGGUGGUACUCAAGGCCACCAUUUCCCAAGGAGGAAGCGGGCUUUUAACGUGUUUCCCCGAAAAUAAGACAGUGUCUUAUAUUAAUUUUUGCUCCCAAAGAUGUGCUAUGUCUUCUUUUCAGGGGAUGUCUUAUUUUUCUGUGUUCUGUUCGUCGGGCAUGCUUCCAAACAAAAACUUUGCUACGCCUUACUUUCAGGGGAUGCCUUAUAUUUCGCACUUCAGCAAAACCUCUACUACGUCUUAUUUUCAGGGGAUGUCUUAUAUUCGGGAAAACAGGGUAAUUCACACAUUGUGCUGCCCCUGAAGCAACUUGGUGGCACAGGAUGGGGAGGGGGGCAAAACUGAGUCUGCAAUCUGAUCCCUGAGAUAGGAACAGGAUUUGGAUGUUCUGUACAUCCUGGAUAAUUUUUUGGCUGGAGCUUCCUUUGCAUAGGAAGUGGGCCUGCAGGGGUCUCUUCGGGCAUAUAGCCCGUUUACUGCAAACAGUUGCGUCGAGGCUUCAUGAAAUGAAGGGGAGACAUUUUCAUUCACUUCACAGGAAACCUUCCAGAUGGAUUGACAUUCCACUCCCAACCCUUAGGCGUCUAGGAAUCUUUCAGGUCCUUGAAUAUUGCUGGGGCGGUAGAAUUAACAGCUCCCACAGAUUCCCCGGAAAGCAUUAUUGGUUUGUUUUACAAAGGAUAUUUCUAGUCCUCGUUAUUAAGCAGAACUACCAUGUUGUCUUCCUCUAAAGUAGGGUGGCCAACUGUGGUGCUCCAGAUGUUCAUGGACUACAAUUCCCAUCAGCCCCUGCCAGCAUGGCCAAGAGACCCCUGCUCUAAAGGUUUAGAUAGCAGCAGUGCCCUCUAUAGGGAACGAGGUAUCUGUUUGGAACAUAGCAUCACCAUGUUUAUUUUGCUACCAGUGUUACAUAUGUCGUUUUCUUCCCGUUUAAACAGUCCACAUUUGAGAUAAAUAUUCAGAUUUCAUACACA